AUGGCCGCGUUGAUGCGGGGCAAGGACUCCUCCCGCUGCCUGCUCCUACUGGCCGCGGUGCUGAUGGUGGAGAGCUCCCAGUUCGGCAGCUCGCGGGCCAAACUCAACUCCAUCAAGUCCUCUCUGGGCGGGGAGACGCCAGCCCAGGCCGCCAAUCGAUCUGCGGGCACAUACCAAGGACUGGCUUUCGGCGGCAGUAAGAAGGGCAAAAACCUGGGGCAGGCCUACCCUUGUAGCAGUGAUAAGGAAUGUGAAGUUGGGAGAUACUGCCACAGUCCCCACCAAGGACCUUCGGCCUGCAUGGUGUGUCGAAGGAAAAAGAAGCGCUGCCAUAGAGAUGGCAUGUGUUGUCCUGGCACCCGCUGCAAUAAUGGCAUCUGUAUCCCCGUCACUGAGAGCAUCUUAACUGCUCACAUCCCAGCUCUGGAUGGCACUCGGCACAGAGAUGGAAACCACGGUCACUACUCAAACCACGACUUGGGAUGGCAGAAUCUAGGAAGAACACACACUAAGAUGUCACAUAUAAAAGGGCAUGAAGGAGACCCCUGUCUACGAUCAUCAGACUGCACUGAAGGGUUUUGCUGUGCUCGUCACUUCUGGACCAAAAUCUGCAAACCAGUGCUCCAUCAGGGAGAAGUCUGUACCAAGCAACGCAAGAAGGGCUCUCACGGGCUGGAAAUCUUCCAGCGGUGUGACUGCGCAAAAGGCCUGUCUUGUAAAGUAUGGAAAGAUGCCACCUACUCCUCUAAAGCCAGACUCCAUGUGUGCCAGAAAAUAUGACCGCCUCUGAGGGAAGAAAAGCAUCACUAGCAGACUGUGAAUCUGUGUAUUUAAUACAUUAUAGCAUGGGGGCAAACAGAUUUGGAUUUCAGAAGGGCUAAAAUGAGGAAUGUCAUAAGAAUAUAGAUCACAGAAAGAGAAAGAAAAUGGAGCAGAUUAGAAAGGGUGACAAGUGUGGUACAAUCUGUGUUUCCACCAUGCACCUUGUUUAUGUAAAUAAUGUAUACAUUUGUGAAAAUGCUAUGACUCGAAAAAAAAAAAACCAGUGAAAUUACUGACGAAUACCAUGUGACUUUCCAGCAGUUUAGGUUGUGCUAGAGGAUCAGUUUCCUUCACAUUGGUGAUUGAUUGCCUAUAAAAAUAACCUAAAAGCCAUAUUUCUCUUUUAAGUUAUACUUUAACAACAAAUUACUCCCCAUAUAUCCUGGCAUACAAUAGACUCUAAAACAUGAAAAGAGUUGUUAAAUAGGAAAUGAAAGCAUGGAGCAGAGUUAAUUUGCAACACAGAAUCACCUUUUAAUUUGGAACACUACUUCUAACCACUCAAUUAAAGACCUUCGUAGAUGAUAAGAAAAAAAGCACUUGAUAUUUUCCAAAUAAUAUCAAAAUAACCACAGGUCUUUUGUCUAGUCCUUCAGAAAAACCAAACUCGUUUUUCCUCAGACUGCUUAUUUACAUUUUUCAAAAUUUUAAUUUCACUUAUAAUUAAUAAGAACCAGUAUAAUAAGACAAAAAUAAUCCAUUCAGAUUCUAAAGGAUCUAAAUUGCAUCUCUCUUGAUCGUAUGUGAUUCCUACCCAUUUUAUUCUCCAUAUUAUACACGUUAUUUGUGAAUAGCACGAAGUAGAAUUUUCAGAUUGUCAAAGUUUUAAGAUGCCCAAAAUAAAAGUUACUAGAUCACAUUUUUUAAACCUUUGGCACUCCCUAUUUUUGAUAGAAUUGGACAUUUAUUCUUUACAUACUCUGCAGUAUAGUAGGGUAAAGCUGAUAGAAGAGACGAGCUACAUGUGUCC